GGAGCAGCAGCUCGCGCCUUGGUAAGUUACAGCAAAGUGCGCGAGGCAGGAAAGCAGAAGGUUCUCGGCGGAGGGAUUUUCGGUGUUUUAAAACGUUUCCCGUCUCGAAAUGGGGAGAAAAACUUGCUCUAGUUGACGAGGAGAUUCUUAAUUUCACCGUGGACUUAUUCGGGUUUGAGUGAAUGGCUUAACGGGCGAGUUGUGAGCAGUUCAACAUGAGGGACAUGACGGUGUUUUUAACCAACAACAACAGCAGCAGCAGCAGCAGCAGGAGGACAAGAUGGCAGCUUAUAACGAGUGUUGAGAGGCUGCUGAGGGUUCAAUAUUAGACCCCGAACAUGUCUCUGUUGUCCUACUACCGUCGCUGGCUGUGAAGGUAUGGCCUCACAGGUUUUGGUCUGCCCACCACAUGCGCAUCAGCCCCAGACAAGUGCCUUUAUCAGCGUGAGGAAAGUGGAGGCCUUUGAGAAGCCUCCUCGCACCUACGUGGUCGGCGUAAACUUGGGCAUCGCGCAUCCAACCAAUAUAGCCACUCACUCAUCUUUAAAGACACACGCACAGGAGGGCGAGGGAUAUUCGUUACAGACUGCGGCUCCCGGAGAGCCGCACAGAGGGAUUUUUUCCUCCUACAGGUGUGUAGGAGAGGAAGAGGAGGUAGAGGAAGAGGAAAAGGAGAAGGAGAGCAGUGGGACGUUUGACGGAUGUGGGUUUGAACGCAAAAAAGACAAGGAGCAGGGCAGCAGCGCAAGGACCAUGCAGAUUGUAGAGGAACAUCCGGCGUUGCCGGCCAUGCUGCAAAGCAACGUGGGCAGCACGGUGCCCUCCAAUCAGAACGUGGCUGGCACAGGGGGUGCGGCCAAUGAUGGGGACUACCAGCUUGUGCAGCAUGAGGUUCUGUGCUCUAUGAAGAACACGUACGAGGUGCUGGAGUUCCUGGGACGUGGAACGUUCGGCCAGGUUGUGAAGUGUUGGAAGCGUGGCACCAACGACAUUGUAGCUGUGAAGAUUCUGAAGAAUCACCCGUCAUAUGCGCGCCAGGGUCAGAUCGAGGUGGGCAUCCUGGCACGUCUGAGCAGCGAGAAUGGCAACGAGCACAACCUGGUACGUGCCUUCGAGUGCUUCCAGCACCGCAACCACACGUGCCUGGUGUUCGAGAUGCUCGAGCAGAACCUAUACGACUUCCUGAAGCAGAACAAGUUCAGCCCGCUGCCACUGAAGGUGAUCCGUGCCGUGCUGCAGCAGGUGGCCACGGCGCUCCGUAAGCUCAAGAGCCUCGGAUUGAUUCAUGCCGAUCUCAAACCUGAGAACAUCAUGCUGGUGGAUCCGCGCAGGCAGCCGUACCGUGUGAAGGUCAUCGACUUUGGCUCGGCCAGCCACGUGUCCAAGGCCGUGUGCUCCACCUACCUGCAGUCGCGCUACUACAGGGCUCCGGAGAUCAUCCUGGGUCUGCCCUUUUGUGAGGCCAUAGACAUGUGGUCACUGGGCUGCGUCAUCGCUGAGCUGUUUCUCGGCUGGCCGCUUUACCCCGGAGCUCUGGAAUAUGACCAGAUUCGCUACAUUUCUCAAACUCAAGGGCUGCCUGGCGAGCACCUGUUAAACGUGGGGACGAAAACCUCCCGUUUCUUCUGCAAGGAGACUGACUCGCCGUACGCAGCCUGGCGGCUGAAGACAACAGAGGAGCACGAAACAGAGACUGGAAUGAAAUCGAAGGAGGCCAGGAAGUACAUCUUCAGCUGUCUAGAUGACAUCAGCCAUGUAAACCUAGUGAUGAAUAUGGAGGGCUGCGAUCAGCUUGCAGAGAAAGCAGACCGGCGUGAGUUUGUAGAUCUGCUCAAGAUGAUGUUGAUGAUCGACGCCGACCAGCGCAUCGCUCCUUCAGAUGCUCUCAACCACCCUUUUGUCACUAUGCAACACUUACUUGACUUUCCACACAGCAGCCACGUGCAGUCGUGUUUCCACGUCAUGGAGGUUUGCCACUCGAGGACCAACGCUUUCGAUGCUGUGAACCGUAACAAAGCCCCGCCCCCUCUCAUGAAACCUGUCACGCUCCCCAGCGGCCCCAACAUCGCAGUCUUCAACAAAAUCCCCUCCAUGCACUCACAGGCGUUGGCUCCACCUGCACCACCUGUGGUACACCCUGGUAUUCCUCUGCAGACAGGAAGUGCACAGUUUGGCUGCACCGACUCUUUUCAACAAACCCUCAUCCUUUGUCCACCAGCCAUUCAAGGUCAUUUUGCAGGAAUCGGGUCCAACCCAAACCAGCCGUCAGGGUAUUCGGUGCGGAUGGAUAACACGCUGCCACUGGUGACUCAAGCUCCGGCUAUCCAGCCUUUACCUCUCAGACCGGGAGUCAUAGCGCAGCAGCCGUGGUCCAACAGGACUCAGCAGAUCCUGGUACCAGCAUGGCAGCAGGUGCCUCCUCCACCCACCACGCUGCACUCCGACACUGUCUCCUGCUCCCAGAGGAGAGCGGACUGGGGGAAAGUGCGGUCAUACACCAGCCAUUAUGGGUCCAUGAUGCCGCAACAACUUGUGCCCAGUCAGAUGGCUGUAUCUGCGCACCAGCACAUGAACAUAGGCAUUGCACAUGUGGUGUGGCCUCAGACUACAGCCAACAAGAGCACCAAGCCCACUCAGAACAGGAGUGGGAAUAUGUCGUACUACACAGAAACGCAUACUUCAGUGUGCCUUUCACCAAAGAUGCAAAGACAGGACACCCUGCGAAACCCAGAGGCAGGGCUUAGGGACAGGGAGGUGGAGUCGCAGCCCAAGAAGCAGCCAAACCACAUAGAAGAGACCGAGGAAGAGAGCUACUGUAAGACGAACGAGCAGAGCUCUGAAGAGCAGCUAUCAGCAACCAAUCAGCAACGAGAGUCUGUCGUUAUUGACAAAUCACCAAGCCCGACAGUUAGCGUCAUUAGCAUUAGCAGCGAUUCAGAUGAGGACGAGAGGGACACAGAGCAGAGGUGUUCCUCUAACACAUGUAAGGGAAGUCCAGAAUGUGAGGCAUGUAAAGGGUCUCUGAAUAUGGAGCGUGUGUGUUCACUCAGCAGUCCUGACAGCAGCCUGAGCACAAGUUCCUCAGCUUCAGCUCAGUCCAGUCCCUCACCCUGCAAGAGACCUAAUAGUAUGUCUGAGGAUGAUGGUCACGAGAGUGGCUGUGACACGGUGGACGGCUCGCCGGCAUCUGACUCGCACAGCAGCCCGUUUCCCGAGCGACACUUUCUGAACACCAAUCAAAAGCAGGAAGUCCAUAUGCGGCAGAGCAACACACACACAGAGGCCCAAAUAAAACCGGCUAUUAGGACCGUGGUAGUGCCACCUCUCAGAGUGUUUAACAACAAUAACAACCAGCAGCAGCACAGCAACACAGUGUUCGAGGCUUCAUGCCAAUUGCGAGGACGAUGCGCUCCCGGCCGCAUGAGUCUGCACACCACUCCGAGUUUGCCUCGCCAGCACAAGAUCACCUCCGCAUUCCAGCAGCAGCCGCCUCUCGGCUUUGGCCAGGUCCAGCACUACAGCUCCUGUCACAAGGAAUGGAACGGCAACUACACCCAGCCUUGCCGUCCACAGGCCUUCAUCCCUCCCACGGUGCACGGUCACACCUUCCCUCACGCCAGCCCCACCCACUCGACCCAGGCCCCUCCCCCAGCCCCUCCCGCCCUGCUCUCCUACCCUCCUUCCGCCCCCGUCGCCCACCUGCUGCCCUCCCCGCGGCCCGUCCUGCAACCUGCUUACAGUCUGGUGCCUCGGGGCAUCAGCAUGGGCAUCAACCCGGGCAUCAACCCGCUGCACUCGCCGGCCGCCUUCAGAGCCCUGUUCACACCGCACUCCUAUGUAACGUCCCCCGCCUACACAGGCUUCCCUCUCAGCCCCACCAAACUGCCCCAGUACCCCUACAUCUAACACAUACACAUGCACACGCCAACUCCAGGGGUCCGUACUGCUCUGACUCCCUCGUCUCCAAAAAUCGUGGAGUUUAAUGCGUUCCAAACAGAUAUCAUGGAAGAAGAAGAAAAAAAAACGCUUGGUAUAUGAAUUAAUACAUAACUCACUUUUUCUGCCUUUUGCACAUUUGAUAUUGAAAACAAAAAAAUAAUCCCUGCACCCCAACCCGCCGCACCCCGAGUCAUUAAAUCCUUUCAUGUAUACGGGGCCGCGACGGGAUGUCGUCUCUCUCUAUAGCUAUUUUUCUACAUUGCCUUCUAAAUGUGACUCAGUGAAGCCAUCCCAGUCUGGUGGUAAAGCCUACACACACAAACGAGUGACUUCCUCUUGUCGGUGUGUCUGUGUUUUUUGUAACAGGCUCAUGCCCCUUCGUUCCCAGUGUUAACUCCUGUACCACGUCCCACGUUUUAAGGUUACUGCACUCUGUAUGGAGGAAACGCAAGACUCAGAACUCACUUUGUGACUUUUUUUUUUUCGGAGUGUAACCUGAUCCCUCCAAAAAGUGCCUUAUGAAAAAAAAUAAAUAAAUAAAAAUCAUGUCUGUGCAGGGUGUGACGUGACACUUGCAUUCACAUGACUGCAACAGGACUGCAGCACUUGAAAUUUCACCUUUUUUUCCCCUCUUUUUUUCUUUUCUUUUUUUAUUUCUACAUCAAGUCGGUCUUUUAUUUUGUCCGGAUUGCAUUUUGGUGGGUUUUGUUUUGUCAGUAAGUCACAGCGGAGCUGUACAUCAAUGUUGCGUAAAGUUGAAGGAAAAAAAAAAAAGACGUGCUCUUUUAUCACUAAGCUGAUUUGGAACGACACGAAUGCGUUGUGUACAAUUUUAAUUCUCCCUGUUUUUUUGUUUUUUUUUAUUUUUCCACCGAAUUUGCUGUCGUGCUCGUUAUUGAAGUGUUGAGGCUGUGUAACCUUUAUGCAUUUCUUCGAUCCUCUUCCACUCCUGCUGUAUUCAAGAUUUUCUUUCAUGCGUUACAUUCUGACUAAACCUACCCAGCACGAGGUGGAGUGUAAAAAAGAAAGAAAAGAAAUUUCUGGGUUUUCAGUCACGGCUCUGUCUGCGAGGAAGGUUUUCACAUUGACCUGAUGUUUUGUUUUUUUUUGGCAGACAAACAGAUCCUUACCUCUGCUGCUUUUCAUUUAAAGCGCUCGGUGUCUGAGGGAUCACUGGUGUGAUGUGGCAUGAUGCGUUUUGUCAUUUUAUUCAUUUUUUUUUGCAUGGAUUUCCUUCGAUCGCUGUAGCAACCGAACGAACUAUGUACCGUUUAGAUUUGAUUUCCUAUUUGAUAAUCAUUUGCUAUUCUUUUAAUGAAUACUAACAGUAUUUACACUGUUUAACACAACUGCAAUACAAUCCAUCAUUUCUUGGUGUGUUUGUUGUUUUUUUUUAUUCACUAUUCUAACUUUUUUUUUUUUUUUUUUUAGAAUUAGACGUGUGUUUUAUUUGAUUUUUUCGGUAUUGGCAUUAACCUGCAGAUAGCUCUUUAAAUCAUUUGACGUGGUUUCCUGUUAGCUUGUGCAGAGAUUUCAGUAUUUAACUGUCAAUCUGUCCUAGUUGGAGUAUUUAGUUCUUUUCUGCGGUGUGAGUUGGUCGUGUGCAAUUUAUUUCCCCCCCUCAUCUAUAAGCACGUGAUGAGAUUCGAGCUUUUUUUCAGCGCCGGUUGUUUUUAAUUUCAUACAUUCCGUCAGGGAGAAAUCUUUUUUAUUUUCUUUUUUAACGUGCUUUUGUGUUUUUAUUCAAAAUUUUUCCUUUGCUUUCAUUAUAUAUAUAUAUAUAUACAUAUAUUAAAAAAAUGCUUUUGCUACACCAAAGACAGUAAUUUCUUGAUUUUCUUAAGCGACGUAGCUACUGUUCUAGCCUAGACCUCAGAUAUUACUCUAGAUGGGGUUUUAUUAAACAACAACAACAAAAAAGAAAUGUACUCGGUGUAAAGGUUGAGGUUGAUGUUUAGUGUUUGUUUUUUUUUUUGUUGUUUUUUUUUUUUGCAAGUUUAAUGAUUUCAUUUAUCCUUGAAUGUACCAUAGAUAAGCUGCUAUUCACUGAUCGCCACUUCGUCAUAGCUGUGAGGGUAAAGUGAUUAACUUUGUUCUUAGCUUUUCUUAUUGUUUUUGUACACGUGUCUUCGACGACCUUAAGAUAGACGUGAGGUUUCUCUUUCGGUUUUACUCUACUGAGCGGCAUGGAAGCGUUUUUAAUGCCUGUGUAUAUUUUGCUUUUCUGUUUGAAGUGUCAUUGUAACUACUGUAUUGCGAUUGAUGGAAGUUUUAGUUUGUCGUGUUUUUUUUUUUUUUUUUUUUUUUUUUUUUUUUUUUGGGGUGUUUGUGUGUUCUCUGUUUUAUGAAUUUUCUUUUCUAUUUUUUUCUUCCCCUCUUCCUAUUCCUUUUUCGUUUGCAUUUGUGUAUUAUCUGUAGUGUUAAUGGUAAUCUUGGGGCUCAUCAUUGCAUAUGAGAUGCAUAUCGGUGUAUAUCAGAGUACGUUUAGAUAUAUAUUAGUAUCUCGAUAAGGCAUAGCUUGCAGGAUAGAUUUAACUCUUUUAUUUUCUUGUUGUUGUUGUUGUUGUUAUUAUUAUUAUUAUUCAUAUUAUUUUGUAGAUGUGUUUAAUCGAUCGAUUUGUGACAGAGGAAAAAAAACAAAACGCCCCGCUAUGAAAUCGUACCUUAUUCCGAUUCCUCCAGGGAAGAAGUGUUGCUUGUUUAUAAUCGAUUGCAGUGCUUAUUGUUAAUCGGCAUGUAUUUCAAAAAGUCUUCAGCAUUUACUUUGGAAUCUGAUUUCAGUCAGUAAACAUUUGUUAGACACGUUUUCGGCUAUUACGACGAGCUCGUGUCGACGUCGACAGACCCCCGGAUGCAUGAUUUAGUUACCGGAGGCCAAUUUUUCCUCAUGGUGUUUGUGUGGAAAUCGUCACACACUCUAUUUCUGCUCUGUCGAAAGAGCAGCGCUUAAACUAGUGCCUUUCAGAUGUGCUUCAGACCUUUAUGUCCACACACACACGCACGUGCGCACACACACAUGCACGGCAACCCAGAUCUUCUCGCUUGCGAGGUCAGUUAAAGUGUUGUAUCUUGUGUUGUGUGUUUUUGACUCAUUUGUACCUCUUAGUGUUGAAAAAUUAGUUAUGCACUGGUUUCCAGUAGUGUGUGUGGAGCGUGCAUGUUGUGCGUUCGUGUGUGUGUGUGUGUGUGGGUUUCCACACAAUAGUUUCGUCUUUGGUAGUGUUUGUCACUUGGCAGUCCCAUGCCGAACAUGCAAUGCAGUGAUGUCUUCAUGUGAUUUUUAUUUUUAAAUCCGUACAUUUCAUUUGACUUUUUAGCCUCUGUGUGUGUGUGUGUGUGUGUGUGUGUGUGUGUGUGUGUGUGUGUGUGUGUGUGUGUUUGUGUUUCUGUCCUAUUUUUUUUGCUACUGCUCAGCAACAGUAAUCCAAUAAUGAACUGCUUUCAGGGAUCAGCACUGGUUCGCUGACAUGGUCCUCUGUCCCGUAUUGAAGCUUUACAUUAACACUGUGAUUGUAAUAAGCUUGGGUUAAGCUUCAUCAUCCCGCAGUUUAACACCUAACCCACCACCACACCCCCCCCCCCCCUUUUUUUUUCUUUCCCCUCUCUCUUCUUGUUAAGCAUCAUACUCUCUUUUCGACGGGACACAACGUUCAUACCAAUGUGCACAUUAUUCGCUUUAAUGUACUUUUAAAAUUUGGUCCAAAAAGAAACCUGGAUGCAGAAAGCAGCCACAAAAUCAAAAAGAAAAAAAAACCUCAUUUCACUUUUUCUACACAAUGUAGCACUAGGGACAAGUACACAUCAGAAGUACACACUCCAUGCAGAUUUUACAUCAUUUUUGUUAAGUUCAUCUGCAUUUAGACAAAAUCAACCAAAAACAUGUCCGAGAUGGAGAAUUAGGGUCAGACAGGUCUGGGAAAACAAUCACUUGGUCAUAUUUUGACAUUUGCUGCUAAAUCUGAAAAUCGCUCUUAAAUUGCAAUGUGUAGUGUUUCUCCCAAACGUUCAUAAAAUACAUUUAGAUCCUGCUUGGAUUCCAGUGACGUGUAAAUUCUACUUCUACAUGUCUAACCUGAUCUUCUGCUGGAUAAACAGAUAAACAGCUCUACUGCCAAACUAGAAAGAUUUCUUGUUCUUAAUGAUUUCCUUCAGAUCUCAGUGGACUAGACUUUUCUUCUUGUCUGUAACAAACAGCUUGGGUCCCAGUCCUGAGUUUUAUCAUGUCAGGAAAUCACACGCACGACUGUUUUCACACACACAGCAUUGAUCUCUGCACCAAUCCACACAGGCAAGGAGAGAAGGUCAAAUAAUAGUCGUGCCAUUUGGUAACAUUUCUUUAUCUUAAAGUAGAAAAGUCCAAAAAAUAUUUAGCAAGAAAAACGAGGGACAAAAAGCCGCAUUAUUCAGCAGCAACAUCUGACAGGUUUUCCCAGGUCUCACACACACAUACACACACACACAGACUUGAUAAAAUACUCUCAUCAUACCAAACAACUGUAUUUGGCUUUUUUUUAUUUCACUGUUCUCAUUCUUUCUCUUCCUCUCUCCAUCUCUCUCUCUCCAUCUCUUCCCCCCUCUCUCUCUCUUCCCCUCUCUCUCUCUCUCGAUUGAUUUGUCUGUUUUUGUUCCUUUUAGAGAUGUGUACAGAAAUUCAGGGUCUUGGUAUUUGUCACAUGUGCUACUGUAUACCAGUUUCUGUCCUAAUGUUUGGGUUUAAUCGCUUUAGAGCUAUUUAACCUCUUUUUUCCUGAAGAUGAUAUUUUCAUAAGUUGUUAAAUCUCACUGCAAGUUAUCAGCGAAUAGAUUUAGACUUCCUAGUAAGUGGACUUGAUUUACUAAAUUUGAACUGUUACUGUUUUAAUACAUGUAGGGUUUUGUGGCUUUCUAAUUCGUUUUUUGCUUCUGAUUUAUUUUUACGCUACAUUAGUUUGCCAUGUAGCCAUUGCACUGUGCAAUAUUCAGUAUAUGAGGACUGGGAACUCUGUUUUAUUAUUUUUUAAGUGUCUAAUGUCUCAUACAGUUUUCGGUCGUUAUUUCUCUGGUUCUCAGUGAUUUCUAUGUGACCAAGCCUUAUGUACUUUGUCACAAAAAGCGGGUUUUCCUGGUGACUAUUUGGUGAGUGUCAAAAUAAAGAAAUUAUGGUGUAUUGUCAAAAUUCACUUUGAAUUAAAAUAUAUAUUGCUGCCGGCAA